AUGGCUGAGCAGACCGAGCGCGCGUACCAGAAGCAGCUUGGGUCUAACAUCGGCUUUCGCAAGCCCACCAAGAAGAUCCCCGGCAAGUUCGGCCAGCGCUACUACAAGAAUGUGGGCCUGAGCUACAAGACCCCCAGGGAGGCCAUCGAGGGCACCUACAUCGACAAGAAGUGCCCCUUCACGGGCAACGUGUCGAUCCGCGGCCGCAUCCUCACGGGCGUGGUCAAGUCCACCAAGAUGACGCGGACCAUUGUGGUGCGCCGGGACUACCUGCACUACAUCAAGAACAGCAGCAGUAACAGCAGCAGCAGUACCAGCAGCAGCAGUACCAGCAGCAGCACCCGCGGCUGUGAUCGCAAGACGCGGCAAAGCCUGGCGGCUUCAGGCGGCCAGCGGCGUGCCGACGGCGGCGACGGGGAUGGCGGCGUCGCAGGGGACCGGGCAGGGCGGCAGCCCGGGGCGCAGCGUCGGUAUGAGAAGCGGCACACCAACAUCUCGGCGCACCUGUCGCCGGCAUUCCGCUGCAGGGAGGGCGACCGCGUGGAGAUUGGCCAGUGCAGGCCCCUGUCCAAGACCGUGCGGUUCAACGUGCUCAGGGUGAUCCCGGCCUCGGGCGGCAGCGACAAGAAGGGCUUCAGCGGGUUCUGA